CGGAGUUAAGGUUAGGAAACUUGAAAUACAUGCUUGAGGUGUCUGACAAGUAACAUGGUCAGAACUGAACCCCCAGGUCCUGCUGCCGCAUCCUGUAGCUGUGUCCCUUCCUUCACUGCCCAGUAGACCCUCCUCGUGCUGGACAUCCCUGUAAGCUGGCUGUGAGGAAUAGAGUAGUUACAGGAUUCCUGCUUUCUCAUUACUAGCUGCCUUCUGCUGAAGGAAAGGCUAUCUGAGAUGAUCCCCCCAAAGGAGAUUUCGCUGUUCAGAAAAAAUCCCCGAUGCAGACUAUCAACUUCCACAGUAUCUUUAAGAGCUCCAUAAUCCUGCAAACCCCAGGCUUACAGCAGUAGCUAAGCACAGCAGACUAUCUGAGUGUUCACGAAUCCAAGCUUAGCCUCUUUGCUUUUGCUGGGGCUCUCUGCUGAGCAAGGUCCUCCUCGGCGAAAGCGAGCAAACUGCAUCUGGUGCUCUGCAUGGAUGAAAGCUUCCCACUUUUGGAUGUCCAGGCAGGCCACAGGCAGAAACUCUGUGGCUCCAACUACCCCCUAAGCAUUGCCUUCAUUGUGGUGAAUGAGUUCUGUGAGCGCUUCUCCUACUAUGGCAUGAGAGCUGUCCUGACCCUGUAUUUCUUAAGCUUCUUCCACUGGGAUGAGAAUCUCUCCACUGCUGUGUACCAUGCCUUUUCCGCGCUAUGUUAUUUCACGCCUGUCAUUGGAGCCAUCAUGGCAGACUCAUGGCUGGGAAAAUACAAGACGAUCAUCUACCUCUCCAUUGUGUAUGUCGUUGGCCAUCUGAUAAAGUCAGUGGGUGCAAUUCCAUCCCUAGGCAACCAGACGGUUCAUGUGAUCCUGUCUAUGGUUGGUCUGUUUUUGAUCGCCCUUGGAACGGGAGGUAUCAAGCCCUGUGUCUCUGCAUUUGGUGGGGACCAGUUUGAAGAGGAACAUACCUCGGAGAGAAGCAAGUUUUUUUCCAUCUUCUAUUUAUCCAUUAAUGCUGGAAGUUUGAUCUCCACGUUUGUAACUCCUGUAUUAAGAGGGGAUGUGAAAUGUUUUGGAGAAGAUUGUUAUGCACUGGCUUUUGGUGUCCCAGCAGCACUGAUGGUGUUGGCGCUUGUUGUGUUCAUUGCUGGAAGUGGACUGUACAGAAAAACGCCACCACAAGGGAAUGUCUUACUGGAAGUGUGCAAAUGCAUCUGCUUUGCUAUUAAAAACCGGCUGAAAAACCGCUCCCGUCAGAUUCCAAAGAGAGAUCACUGGCUGGACUGGGCGUCAGAAAAAUACUCAAAACAGCUGAUUGGGGAGGUUAAAAUGGUGACACGUGUUCUUUUCCUCUUCAUACCACUGCCAAUGUUCUGGGCCCUGUUUGAUCAGCAGGGAUCCAGGUGGACUUUGCAAGCCACAAAAAUGAAUGCUGAUUUUGGGAUAUAUGUCCUUCAGCCUGACCAAAUGCAGUUCUUAAAUCCACUUCUUAUUCUUGUCUUCAUCCCAAUUUUUGACCUUGGGCUCUACCCCCUGAUAAACAUGUGCAAAUUUAAUUUCACACCUAUUAGGAAAAUGGCAACAGGUAUGAUCCUUGCAGGGAUGGCGUUUGGACUUGCAGCUGUUGUAGAAAUCAAAAUAAAUGAAACCGAUAUGCCUCGGCUUGUCCCAGAAGAAAGUUUAAUUCGGGUCUUGAAUUUGGCAAAGAACCCUGUUCAAGUGAUAAUCCAAGACCGGGACCUAUUUCAGCAGCCUGUGGAGGCUUUUCAGAAACCAGCUGAGUACUCAAAAUUAAUAUUGAAUGGAGAGCAACAGAGUCUUCGCUUCACCCUGCAACAUCAAGGAUUGUCUCUUGCUUUUAACUACACUGUGAAGGAAAAAUCAGUAUACAGCUUAAUUGUUUUUGAGGCAGAAGGAAGCCUAUCAAGCCGCUUGAUUACAGACUUGGAAGCAAAGCCAGAAAAUGGCUUGGCAGCUGUUAGAUUCAUUAAUGGUUUGAGCCAAGAUGUCAACCUCACCAUUGACAGCAAAUGGUUUAUUGCUGUUCAGAAAAACUACAGUGCUUCCGAGUACUCGCUGCUAGAGAGGGACAGAUAUAAUAAUGGAAAAUGCAUAACUGAAACAGGAGAGUUCACCCUGGAGCUAGGGCUGCUUGACUUCGGCGCAUCGUACACCAUUGUGAUAACUAAUGUUUCUGGAGGUGCUGUUAAGAUAUGGAAGUCAGAAGAUAUCAAAGCCAACAACGUCCAUAUGGCUUGGCAGUUACCACAGUACUUAUUAAUAUCUGCUGGGGAGGUGAUGUUCUCCAUUACAGGUCUGGCCUUCUCCUAUUCUCAGUCUCCGGCCAGCAUGAAGUCGGUGCUGCAGGCAGGCUGGCUGCUCACGGUGGCCGUUGGGAAUACCCUUGUACUCAUUGUUGCCCAGGCUGCACCAAUGGCACAGUGGGCUGAGUUUGUCUUAUUCACUGUUCUCCUCUUUGCUGUGUGCGCUAUUUUCUCCAUCAUGGGAUAUUUCUAUGUCAGUGUGGAUCCAGAGGACCUAGAAGAAAAGGAAGAGAAGAGGGAGACCUCAAGCAGAGGAAACAUGAUUAGUCUUGUUACUCAGAAAACAAAGCUCUAACACAUCAUGGGAUUUUUAUUAUUUUUUUUUUAACUCAGUAGAAGGGAGAGUAAAAGAAGGGGUGGGGACAAUGUUAUUUUAUUUUAUAGCACUGCAGUCUUUAUUACUUAAAAUGUAGCCAUAUUGUAAAUGGGACCAAAUAGCCCUCUAUAAAAACCAGGGGGGUCCUGAAAUCAGAGCAAAACUCCCUGGGAAAGCUCCUCUGGUAUUAAAAGCCCUUAUAAGUAAAUACAGUGUAAUUUUAAACCUGCCCAUCUUUUUAAGCAUGGAAUGCUUUCCUAUGAUCUUGUUUUAAACAUAUAUUUAAGGCAGCAGGGAGUAAUAAGGGUAGAAGGAAUGUCAUAUGACAGCAAAAUUUGGAGGUGUUGGGAGAAAAGAAUGAAAAUCUAGUAUAGGAAUUAGGGAAGAAUAGAUGUUACAGACAGAAGAAUUUUUAAUGCUAUCAUCAAGGACUGGAAGUGUUACACACAAUCCCAAAGGAUUUCACCAUGUAACUCUCCUUAUGAGUAUUUCACCCUGUUAUUGCAUGUUAUGAAUGGUCCUGAUUUAUGACUUUCACCUCCAGGCUCAGAAGUAAUAACAGGGAAUUAAAUUCUGCAGGCUAAAAUAUUCCCAAAACACUACUGAAGAAGAUAUGCAUGCUACCGUCUCUCCAAUACCCAUUUUUUCCUAGAAGUUUUCAGCAACUGACGGUGUUCUUAGAUUAGACGUGAUUAGAGAAUUGGUUUAUGCUUUCUUAUUUCAGAAAUCCAAGCAGUUAUUUGCCAUCUUCCUAUAUAUUAAGCCUUUAUUGGGCAUUUCCUUUUACAGCAUCUGCCACUGCAAGUUAGGAUAUGGCUGAUUUCUUAUCUCAUGCUUUAGUUAUUCCCCACUGGGAGACACGUUGUAGCAGACAUCCUGCAGUGAGUUAAACGAGGAUGCACUUUAUCAUUUUUUCAGUCUACAAGAGGAAGCCAAGGCAUAGGAGAUUUUUCUUUUUCCUCCCUGUUUCUUUGUCUCGGUACCAAACUUGGGAUAUAGCUAUUUUAUCGGAAUUGUGAUAUAAUUUUCUAAUUUUCCUUGGUUGAAUGAAGUUGUGAUUUCAUGUUCUGCAUAGAAGUAAUUCAACUUUGCUGAUCUAGUAAAACUCCUGAGAGGGUCCUUGCCUUCCUCUGUCACUCCAAGGCCACAGUUGUAACAGGUAUGACUUAAUUUACAACAAAGUUGUCAGUAGGAUCUUCAGACUCACAGAGAACAGAUUUUAAAUGAUGCUUUCCUCUUCCAUCUUGGCAUUGGCCAUAGGUGGUCGCUGAUGCUCUGAUUCAGGAGAACAUGAAAUACGUAUUUAAUUUCAUUCAUGUUCAGGAUGGUGCUAGGGAAUACACUUAGUUUCACUGCUACUUUAAUGUACUGUCGCCUUUGUGUGUGUUUUCUUGAGUAAAGACUAAGAAAACCCCACUUUUUGGCUUAUAACUGGAAGACUCGCAACCUAAGAUUGUUUCCUUUGCUUCCUGUCCUAAAUGUUCAUGAACUUCCACCGCUAGUUCUGCAUAAGCUCCUGCCUGCUGUGAAAUAGCAUCUGGGUCUUGUGCCAGAGGGGGACUGUGAUCUCAGAUAAAUGACAGCAGGCUGUGGGUGUGCACACAGAAACACUUAAUGUAGUUCAGGCGAUGCAGAGCCAUUUAUUAAACUAUGGUGGUUGGAUCCGGGAAGCUGAACCCUGCAACUCAGCGGGGAAUGAAGGGCAUUGAAAACCAUCUAUUAGGUCAUCUGACCCGCUCCUCAGAAGCCAAGUGAGGAUUAUUCCCUCUGCUCCUUUCUGGUAUUGUUCUCGUGCCAUGAUUCUUUGUGUGGGUUCUUUCUCCUGCAGGCAUUGUUGUUUUCCUAAUCCUGUUUUAUGAUACAGUGUGAAUCAGCUCAGAGGCUGCUGAAUCAUUCUGCUAUGAUGCUGUUUGACCGGCUUCCAAUUUGAAGCACUAAUAGAAAGCAUUUCUCCCCCCGCAAACAAAACAAAAAUCCCCCAACUGAAGGAAUGGACAGGCUCCAGCAGCACUGAACAAACACAAUUUAGAAUUACUGGAGCAUUUAAUUUUUUAUAAGCCUUGAAUUGGAAGUGUGUUGGGUUUUGAGGGCAUAUGUGGUGAAGACACAAUUGAAAAUUAUUGGAGCACUUUCCUUGGGAAGCACUUGGUACAUCGCAGCUCAAAGUGGCAUGAGGGAAAGCAAGGUGUCCAGAUCUUUAAGACUACAUAUGCUCAACAACCUCUUGAUUUUUAUGUUUUAUUUCCUUACUGGCGGCACUACCAGAAGCUGUCACACACUCUGAGCUUAAUUUAAAGGAAUCAUUCCAAACUCAUAAAAGAUACAUUUAGGAUGUCAUCUGUAUCUGCUUUUUAGACUUCUGAUGCCAAAUUGCCCCUUUCCCAACAUCUCCAUGUUCCAAACCAUCACCAUAAUGCUGGGGGGAGAAAAAUUGCAACUCACAGUUGAGAAGGUUAUGAACAGGAAGGCAAUGCUAUAAAUAAAGUGCUAACAUGAGGCUGGGGGCUGCGUCUGCAGCCCCUCUGGAGAAUUGCUUGCCCAAGGGAGUGUAAUGCUCUGUUCACAUUUUAUUUCCAGCUGAUGCAAUUACUUCUUCCUACCUGCUCAUCGUCACCUAUUGGAAACUUUGUCCCCCUCUGAUCUGCCUGCUUGGUUGCUGGUAUGAUCCUUCCGCACUGUUUCAGCUGCAGUUGUAAAGCUUUGCUAAUUGGCCCCAUUUAUUUGAAAUGCACCAGCAGUUUGGAGGGAUUUCCACUGGGCAUGCUGAUCACCAGCCAGGAGCAGGCUGAAGAGCUGCCCCUGCUGUAGCUGGAGAAGGUAGGAAAAUAGCCCACUCAGUAUAGCAUUUUUCCAGUUUUAGAGCCACAACUUCAUCCUCUGAGCCCUUUCAUGGUUUUCAAAUGGACUCAAGACUGGAUCAAAGAUUUUAGAACCUGGUUCCGUGGGGUACUGAGGUUUCCGGGGUUUUUUUCUUCCAUAUGGUCAACUCUGAGAUGGAGUCUUGCACAACUCUUAACACUCAAUUUUAGAACAAUAUUCCUUAUUCCUUCUGAUUCUUUGAUUUAGAAUCAGAGGAAGAACCCAAAAUAGUGAUGGUAUAUGUAAAGUGGUAUGAAGCUCUACAGAGAAAUAGCAGCCUGCUGCCUGUCCAACUUUGACUGUCACUGAAGGGAGUCUCAGCUGUUAGUGGCGUUUGCCCUGGAACAGAUUAGGAAAAACUCACACCAGCUGUUUUGGCGGCUGACCUGCAGAAAUGAUCAUCUCCAGCUAAGGGACAGUAAUGAGCUGCUGGGGAUCUGUAGGUAUGUUGCUACACAAGCCUUCAUGGAGAUUGCAGGGAUUUGGCUUCACUGUGGAAGCAUGUAUUUAUCUGUUUUUCUGAAGGAUGCUUUCUGAUAAAGAUUUUUUUUUUGUGCAGCAAAUUUCCCGUCGGUUGCGCUGGCUGUUACUCAAUGUAUUUUCCUCCCUUAACAUGUUGUGUCACCAGUGUUAUUUCCAGCUUUGCAUGAGAUAAGCAUAAAAUUGAGAUUUCAAACUCAGCAAAACAACUUCUUGGCUGUGGGUUCCUUAAAAUUACCUCUUCUUUCUGAGGCAGUUAAAUGCCUUUAGGUAGCAAGCUGCUCUGUGCAGCUCAAGGGGCUUGCAUCCCUCUUUUCUUCCCUCUCCCUUUCCCCACAGUCCCACAAUUUCAGAAGAUGAAUUUUGGAGGAUUCCAGAAGAUGAGCUCUGGGAAGGCUGCAUGGGACUGGCUCGGAUGCAGAUAGUAUGUGCUGUCAGCACCGGCUGGGAGGCAGGAGCCUGGCCAGGCACAGGAGCUGGUUCUUCUUAGGAGAACCAGAUGGGGCUAGGCAAGGCAGCCUGGGGCAGGGCUUGCCUUGGUGGAAGAUGUGGUUCUCCUGAGCAGUGAUCUGGGUGUGAGUUUUAUUGUGAAAGUGAAAUGUUGUGAGCAAGUGAAAGGAAAACUUUUCACUGGUCUAGGUUCUGGCCUGAGGCAUUUUGCAAGGAGGUGGAGACCAACAGGCAGGGAGGAAAAAAAAGGCUGUUUUGUCAAGGUCUUUGCAACUCCUCGGUGAACAGCUGGAAUUCCCCACACCAGACUGGAGAAAAAAAUGAGACGGGGGAAGUGGAAAGUUCAGAUGAUUAAAUAGUGGAUGGCUUCAGACCUUUCAGAAAAGUGCUUUCCUAACUGGGGUGGGCGGCCAUUGGGGGAGUUAGUCACCGAUGGCUUGAAAACUGGUUUGUCACUCCAGAGUAUUGCAAAAACUAGCAUGCAGAUCUGCAUUGGUGGGUCUGCAGUGACUGGAGGGGAGGGGGUGGUGGCUUUGCUCCUGGCAAUGCCCCUACCAUGCAUGGCAGCCACCACCUUGCUUCACCUUGCAACAGAAAAAACAGCUGAAGCUGUGUUAUGGGUGGGAGCAGCACAGAAGGGGGAGCUAUGGUUAGGGGUGGUUAACGGGCAGUUUUAGCCAGGGUCAUAGAGGAAUAAUCUCCUCUUCUCUCUGUGUUGAGUUUCUUUGCCUAGCUACAAGAAACACUUUCUAGUACCAGCAGCUUAAACUUCAGAGUUCAGCUCCAUGGCAAAUACCACAGCUGCUGAAUUUUGGAUGGUACCAGACUCUGCAUUUCAUUAUCACUACAUUCGUUAUUGUGAUAUAAUUUUAAAACAGCAUUUAAGAGAUGUUUCUGGUCCCAGAUGUUGACAGAUCUGGCCAGGGUUUUGCAUGUUGAUAGCUGGAUUUAUGGUACUCUUUCAUGUUAAAGUGUGAGAUAAACCUGUCAUGUACAAGUUGAUAUCGGGGGGCCUUUGGAUUUCCCCAGCAAUUUAGGAAAAAACUAAAAUCCCCCGUGAAGCUGGCUAAGCUGUGGCAUUGCUUCCUUGUCAGAGCUGCCCACAUGCUUUCUAAAGCAGGAACCCUCAUUUGUCUCCUGCAAAGUGCUUCCCAGAAAGAAAAAAAUCAGGGAUAUUAAACAUUUUGCCUUGAGAAGGGAUCAUGCUGCAUUACAGAAAUUGCAUGAAGGAAAAUAAUUGCUUUGUUUAACGUCCCUCCUUCCUUGCCAGGUCAGGUGGUUGACAAGAAACGAAACAAGUUGUUUCUUAGUGAGCUUUGAAUCAAGGAGCUGCAGCGUCUUCUCAUGUUGUGUUUUACUAGUGGAUCAACAUUGACCUGCCUCUAGUACCUGUAGACCAGAAGGUUCCCAGGAUGCAGAGAAGCCACACUGCGGGCUCCCUCUGUCAGCUGAUCAACUCUGAUCUCUUAAUUUUUAAUGAAUAAUUUUAGCAGUUAUCCUGCAGGGCUCAGUCAGAAUUGGUCUAAAUUUAGGCCAAAACAAAAGGACCUGAGAGAACUGUAAUCAAUGAAAUAGCAAAACUCUCAAAAAAAGGCUAAAAUGCUGGUUUAGUGCUUAAUUAAAAUUUUAAUAUGCUUACAGAAAGCGAAAACCUAAACCAGUAUGUAGCAAUUCAGUUGGAGUGAUGAGGAGUGGCGGUUGGAAUCCAGCAGCGUGACAACUGGCAGCCAAGCUGAAGACAAAAAUCAAGCAAACAUCACUUUUUAGAUUCUUUUUUGUCAUUGCAUAUGUUGUUCAGUCUGCUUGGCCUGUCCUUUUCAAUCUACCCAUGUGUGUAAGGGAAAGAAGCUGAAAUGACUUGUGGAAGACACAUACCCUCCCCAAGCUGCAGCGUGGUUUUCCUCUUGUUGCAAACUCCCAAGUUAGCAGGCAGCCCCCUCAGCCCCACAUGCUGAUCUUCCCUCCCCAGAAGUCACUCAGACUUCUCCCCGAUGACUUUGCCAGCCCUCAGCACCUUGCUUAUUCCUCCUCUCAUGCAGCCCUUCUGCUGCCAGCAACAGUGCGUCUUCUUGGAGGUUGUCCUGGGUGUAACGCUGCCCACUUUCCUGCAGCCAGAAAAGUUUCUCACCCAUGGCACUACUGUGUCUGGGCAGAAAUCACACUGAGCCAAAUAUCUGGGUAGUAACAGGGCAUCUGCCCUGGCUUGCUUUGGCACUGUCUCCUUGUCACAGCCUCAUAUGGCCUGAUGCGUGUUCUGUAGGCAAAUCAGUUCAGAAGCAUUGGGGUAAUCCAGCAGCUUUGUGCGUCCCUCCAAUCUUUCCUGUGCCCAGUUAGCUGCCCACAGUCAGCCCUUGUGUUGUGCCACGUCAAGCUGCAGGGUCUUGUGGAUCAAAACAUUGCUGUUAGUGGCCAUGGGGGAUCUGUUUGUGUUGCCCGUGGCCCCAGCCUUCUUUAGUUGGCCUUUGUAGGUUAUUUAUGGUCAGGGUGCUCCUUCCAGCCUCCUGCUUGGGCUGGAGGCUCUGGGGCCCUGCUCUACCAGUCAGUUUCUGAGUCUUUCUCUUGUAGAGCAGUAGGAGAAAGCCACUCGGGUUGUGUUCAUCGCAGCAGUAGUGUGUAGUCCGUGGGCUGUAUCUGCAACCACAGAUCUCCCAUCAGUGUGGAUGCAGCAGCCAGUGAAAUGGGGCUGGCUCCUCUGCCAGCAGUGCCAGCGCAGGGACUGCUGGUGUCAGUGGGGCUGGCUCUGUGGCCUUCCCAGGCUUGACCAGGAUGUUUUGAAAGGAGACCUGUGUUACUACUGUGGUGCUGCUGGGCUUCAGCCUCUGAAUCUGCUGGGCAAGGAGAGCAGCAGGGUGCAUGCCUGGGCAGAGCUGCUCCUCCUGACGAAAGGACCUGUGCUGGUGCUGCUUUGCCCAUGGCGGGGCACUUUCUGCUCCUUUUGCUUGUCUGUUCCCAGUGAUCAGGUCUCAGGUAACUGGCAUCUCCCAGACCUUGCUGUAUUAUGCGCCCACCCACAAGGGAAGUUUCUUCACAUGGAGGUGAAUUUGGUUGCUUUCAGCUCUGACUUCACCCAAGUCUGCUUGGAGCCUUUUUUAGGUCUCUUUCUCUGUUUAACCUGUGCAUCAAAGUACUUUCCAAGUAGGCCUUCAUGCUGUUCUCGCCAAAGACAGAAGCCUCCCAAAGGUGCUGUGCCAAGAUGGAUUUUUCCUGUCCAAGUUAAAGGUGAAACAGGCCAGCAGGAAUUCAGCAGGAACUAGGAGCUGCUGCCUUUCAAAAAGGCGAGCUGCUGCCUUUCAAAAAGGCGAGCUGCUGCCAGUCACAGGGGCUCCCACACAGAAGGCCGUGCAGUCCAGCUCCUGCUGUGCCCUGAGAUCAGAGGAGGCCAGCAGGUGCUCGGAUCCAUCUCUGGGGGCUGCAGCUCCCAGGUCCCAGCACUGGCCAGCCUGCCUGUCUGCCGUUCAUGGUCUGUCAGUGCCAGCUUUGCUUCCUGACGCUUCAUACAGCCCAAAAUCUGCAAAGCAAAGAGGAGAAAGUUCCCUCUUUUCCACAGAGUGCAUUUAAUUUGCUUUCACUCCCUCCUUAUUCACAGCCAGUGUCAUUAGCUGUCUUUUUAUUUUGGGGCUGGCCAAGAGAGCUGCACAGCCCCCCCCAUCUCAUCACUGCCCUGGAGAAAGGGGAGGUCAGGACUCUCCUAUUCUGCUCACCCACAAACACCUUCCUGGAAGCUGUCCUCAAAUUCAUGUCCCCCACUUCUCCAAAGAGCACAUCCCUCAUGACACCAAGGAUUUGACAAGGUGUUAACCAGCCAAUCCCUUUGUGGGGAUUAGCCAGCCUGGGUAAUGUUUGCAUUUCACCCUUUGCUGUCUGCUGGCUGAGGCUUUGCUUUUGGAACUGAUGUCGCUAUUUUUCUUUCCUUCCCCUGCCCCAAGGUUGUCCUGAGUGCCUGCACUCUGUACAAAAUAAGUAAAUGGCCUUGCCUGUUUGCAGGCAGAUGGUCCAUCCAUAGAAGCUUUGAUAGUGCCGUGAAGUAUCCCUUUGUGCUUACAGUGCCAGCGUAGUCCUUUACAUCCCUACCGGAGGAUGACUUUGGCCCUUCUUUGCACCAUCCUUUUGUACAUGCUGGCUGAAACCAAAGGGCUUGUGCUUCAUUUCUCACAGCCUGCAGCACUCCUCAAGCUUCUGUAAUGCAGGCUCUGAGUUCCCUCUUCUGUUUGAGCUGAAAACUAUUAAAAGACAUUCAGUGCUUCAGAACCAGCUGGGGUUUGUCUAGUAAAGUUCGUUUUUUGUAGGUUUUUUACUGUGUUCAUAUCCAUCACUUACAGCUAUGGAGUAGAAUGCUGCUCCAGUCUUCUCCUAUCAACCUUUGCUUUUCCAGAGAAGGCUGGGCUUUUAGCUUUUCCAUAAAAACCUUAUCUUUGGUGCCUUUAGUCCUAAUGUUGUUCAUUGUUCAGCAUCCCUUGAAGCCAAGGAUUUGGACACCUUCCUCUGGGUCUUCACUUCCAUUUGCUCAGCAUUUCUUAGCUGGUGUUGCUGUACCACACCUCCUGGGCCCACUGACCUACUGGGCUAAAAAGGAGGAGAGAAGUCAUCCCAGUGGUUUUAAAAGAUGCACCUAGAGCGAACCUGCUCAACUCUGAAAGUUUUGAGCCCCUUUUCAGCUUGUUAGAAGAGCAGUCACUUUUCCAUGUAAAGGUGUGCUCUCAUGCCUGCUGUGUCCUACUCUGGUGGGGAAGGGUGCUGCCAGGCCAGAGCAGCUCUGGCAUCCCUGGCACCGUGCUCCUGCUUUCCUCUGGGUCUGUGUUUCCUGGCUUGGAUUCAUUUGCUCUGGCCCUCUCCUUGGUGGGUCUCUCACAGUGGUGAUAUUCACUCUGAGGGAGCUGUUGCCUCCAGCAAUUUAUUUGACUAGUCUCAUGAUGUUACUUGUGAUGACACCCAUCACGGGGUUUAUUUUUGCCUUUUCAGUCUCCACCGUUGUUCCAGGUUUCUGAUGUAGUUUGAUUCAGACUGUCAAGCUUUUGCCAGUUUUGUCUUCCUCAUCAUGUCUUCCCAUUAUCAAUGCUCUAUUUGAAGUCCAAGUGCCCUUCACACCACAGAUCUGCAAACUAAGUAAACUUAGCAAAUCAUUAGGGCAGACUGACCGCUCCUGUCUCUAUCAAAGAUUGGUAUUAAAUUAGGUCCCUUCGAUAAACUGAGCUGAUGGGCCAAAUUGGAUUGCGCGUGUGGUAUGAUGAGCCUUACAGGGCUUAUGAUUAAAAGACAUAAGGGAAUGCAAUUAUUUAGAGAGCUCCUGGCAGAUUGCUGUAACUCACUAGUCGCUUCUUUAUCAGAACAAAAGAAGAGCUGAAUUCUUCAGGGUGGCAUGCAGCUCCUGGGAAGCUCUCUGAGCCUCUCAUUGCUGGGGGAGGCAAAAGUCAUGUUUGUCUCCUGCAGGUUUUGAUGUAUGUGAUAACACUGCAAGGGCUGGGGGACAGGACGGGACAUGCCACUUGACCAUUUCUGUCCCCAGGGUACUUGCUCCAGGAGUGAAACCUUUCACACAGGUGGCUUCUUUAUCUCUUUUUACAGCUGCUUAGUUUUUUUUCCCCACUCUAAACUACAGCUAUCUUUGCAGCAAGAUAGAGCUCAGCUGGGUUUCUUUGUUGGACUCUGACCAAAUCCUGACCUGCACAGGGAGCUCAGUGCAAUCUAGGCUGACUCCCUGCAUCAAAUCUUGAAGCCUGGGGCUGGAUCCUGACCCAGUAGGAAAAGCUCUGUUAGCUUAGGCUCUGCAUCAAGCCCUGAAGAUGAGAAAUGUCUGACUGGACUCAAAUACAAUUUUGCCUGGUUUUUUUCUCUCAGAUUACUGAGUCAGAGCUAGAUGGCAUGUGUAAUUCUAGUAGAGCUAUUCUUCUCUCUCUCUUUUUUUUUUUUUUUAAGGAACAUUCAUGCUGCAUUUUAAUUACAACAUUUAGAAUAUGUCCAAAUAGCUCGAGCUCAAAUUGAUCUUGUUUUUCAGCCAGGAAGCUUGUUUUUCAUCUAUUACAAUAAUAAAUGUGCUAUUGAUAAUAGUUUAGGUGCAAUACAGCAAACCCUUGUGUUAUGCAUCAGUUCAGGAGGGCCAAAAUUUUCUUAUUAUCCAUUAUUGAUAUGACAGUUUGCAAAUACUUAACAAACAAAUUACCAGAUUUUCCUUGUUCUCCUCUUAGUUUGCAAUCUUAGGCUUUUUGACAGUUGAAUUCAGGAUUAAUGAUGAUCUUGUUUAAGACGAUUGUUUGCUAGCAAACAGAUUUAUUCAUGAAACCUACAAGUGUAGUAGGAGAACUAGCACUGGGACUUUGAAUUAAAUCUCAUCCUUGAAGCAAUUUUUUUAGCUUUAGUCCCUCCAAUUCUCUCAAGUAGAAAUCGGAUUUGCCUGGUAAAGUACUUUAGGCCUGGUAAAGUACUUAGGUUAUUAAUUUCUUACUUUAUGUAGACAUUUUAAAUAUAGAAGCUUAACAUGAAGGGCUGGCAAAAGGAGCUGCUUUUCCCUCCUAGCCCUGAGCUUGCUGGGUCUGUUCGGACUGUAAGUGCUUUAAGAGACAGGUCCUCUCUGAGCACAAGCAGGGCAGCAAGGGGAACACCCUGAGCCUCCAUAGAAAAGAGAGAUCCAGAAGGACACGCUGGAUUUGUUCCUCAGUAAAGCACUGGAGGCAGCACUGGGAAAUAUUCAGUCCAGGUCUUGGGACCGGUAAAACACAUCUGUGCUCUGCAGCAGCUUCCUCUCUGCCUGCUGCAGGUCUGAGCACAGGGUAAAGGGUACGGCGAGGGCUGAAGGGCCAGCGUCUGCCCAGGAAGGCUGGGUCUGGUGUAGAAGGCUGCAGGUGAAGCAAGGAGAAUGCUACAUGCCAUGGGAAAAGCCUGAUGCAUCCCCGGGGGCAUCAAGGGCAACUCCUAAGGAAAAACACAGCACCAGAAAAGAGACUUAAAGAAAGCAUGAAGCAUCCCCUUCGGGGCACGUGCUGGGCACCAGGCCAUUUUUGCCCUGCGGUUUCUGACCGUGGGCUUUGCGUGCACAGUACAGGAAUUCACUAGUGUGUGAGCCAGGCUUUGGAGAAGAGAAGUGAAUUUGUUCUCAAGUAAAAUCACCUUUUGUUAGCAGAAAAUCUGAGCUGGGUUUCCCAAAGGAACAGCGUUUGAAAAUCACAGACGAUUAAUAGAUAACACAGUUGAGGAGGUUGGUUUGUUUGUUUGUUUGGAUUCUGAGGAGGUUUUUUGUUUGCCUUUUGGGUCUGGGAAGCUGGAAUGCCAUACGUAAGUUUCUCCACAACUGACCUGGCCGCAAAUCUGUUUUAAUGCAAGAGUAUCUGAGACUCUCCUUAAAAGAGGAGCCCCCAGGUGUUCUGAAACACCAAACGUCACACCAGCAAAACUGACUAAAGUUGGCAACUCCAAGCAUAGCGUAUCACAUUGGUCUUCAGCAAAAAUAAGCCAAAUCAAACAAGACUUGAUGGAACAGAAUAAAAGCAGGCAAGUACCAGAGCUUGGCUUGAAAUAAUGUGUUAAUACAGAAUGUUUCUUCACUACUUUUUAUCUGAUAAGCAGUAAAACCACAGACUUAUGCUGAAUACAGUUUAUAUGUGCCCUCUGCUAAUUGUCCAUCCCCAUUGGCAAUGUAAGCACUCAUUAAUCACUUCCCUUGGAGCUAGCAGUGGCCAGCAGCGAGAGGGGCACAGCUGUGUAUUUCAGCAUGUCUGCACAUGUGUUUUCAAUCCUGGAAUAAUCCCCAUUAUAUGGACAUUUUAGCCUGGUAUUUAAGCCUUCAUCUCACUUCUUUUUAAGGCUUGCUUAACACUUUUCCAGUUGACUGGUGCAGCAUCCAUCACAGUAAUAUGCCAGCUAUGAUGUUUCUGUUAAUAACUACUGAGGAGCCGGGUGGUGCAAGGCCUUGAGCUGACCAUGGGCAUUUUCUCUGUGAAUGCCAGGGGGGGGAUUUUUUGACCACAGCAACUUGCAGAUGUGCAGGGCAGCAGCAGGAAACUGCCUGUCAUUCAGUCCCCAAGCGUCUCCCAGCUUGGGAAUAUGGCUUUUGAUGUGGUUACAUUUUCAGCCCUCUUCUGCUGUUGGGGAUUAAGGCUUUGAGAAAAACACACAUCAAAGUUUGUGAAGUGCAGCUACAGCUGGACACACCAAGGGUAAACUGGCUCCAAUUACCUGCUUUGCUUAUACCAACUGCCAUACAUUACAAAUCAAACCAGCCACAAGGAACGAAACUAUUAAACUACUUUCUCAUAAUCGUUAAUUAUGAAGAUACCAUCGCUCAUGUUUGCAAUCCAUGAACUGUCCUGUGAUAACUGAUUUAUUUUUUUUGGUUCAAUGAAUUGAGAUGGUGAGGCUGCAUACGGUGCUGGCAAGUGAUUUUUGCAGGGACCCACUCCUGCAGAUCUGAGCUGCUGAAACCCCCUUUUUGUGACACAAAGCCAGCACAGUGACCUCGUGGGUACAGAUUUACGUGCUCCCCCCCCACCCUCCUGGCCACCCUGCCCAGUCUCCAGGAAAGGCUCAACCCAAAUGUGUCCUGCUUAGAUGGUCUGGCAGGAGAAGGUCAUGCAGGUAUUUGAUACCCUGACAGUCAAUUUAAGGAGAAGCUUUCAGGCCAAGAAGGUGUCACCCCAAAGAUUUUUCUCUGGCAUGUUGAACACCUCAAAACUUUGCCAAGAUCCAUCAGUCUGGGUUCUAAUUAAAUUCCCCUCUCCUGCUUUGCCAUCUUUAAUGUGUUUAUUCUCAGUGUGGCAGCACAGUGAGAGGGGUUCUUAUCCCCCUCCCAGGGCAAAGGCAGCAGGUAUGGGGCAAAUCCCAUACUUCUUCAGACCUCCCCCAAUUCAUCCUGCUGGUGUUUGGUCUUCCUUACACACCUCUGCUGUUUCCUAUUGAUGGGAAGGGCAGCAAAAUGGGUCAGAAGAGGGAAGAGCCCUCCAAAGCUGCUCAUCCCACCAGGGUCACUUGCUGCCUGAGUUAGCCAUGGUCUGGAGACUGAGUUACCGAUGGGACUUGUCUACAAGAGCAUCUGGGGCAGUCUCACACUAAGUGCUUUCCAGACAGAUGUCACCCAGCUGGUCGAUCUCCUCAGAUGUGCACAUGAGUCCAUGUGUGUGAUUGGAUCACUGAUAGAUGCUCUGCAGCCAUCUGGAGGUAGGGAAGAAAUGACAAAUCUCACCCCCACCAACCACACCUUCCAUGAGAUAUUGAUGAAUGAGAUCUUUAUUGGCUGCUGGGCUAAUUAAAUAGAAGUUGCAUCAGCUUCUAGCUGACAGGCUCUAAUUGCUCCUGAGCAGAUUUUGAGAGGACCAGAUUAAUAGGAAAAUAAAAGGAAAGACUGUGGAUUGGAUCCAAGGAUGUAUGUGUGCAUCGUGCUUCAAAUGAGCUGGAAGUUUAUCCCACAUUUCCCUGGAAAGCGGGGGCAGGGCAGGGGGCUCUCCUUGUGCUGCAAGAGCGCGUAGGGAGGUGCUGUCACAAAAGCCAAAAUGAACAUAGAUAACAAAAAGGAGAAAAUAGUAUCCUGGGUUUGGGUAAGAAUUUCUGAAGUCUGUCUUUGUCCCAGUCCCAGGCUUUGGCCUUGAGCAUCUGGUACCCAUUGUUCUGUGCUCCUGUUCCCCAUCUGUCACACAGGAGUAACAAUGCCUGGUGCUGAGGGCUGAACUGUGCGGAAUGCUCUGGCACCAUGUGAAUCCCUGAUUCUGUUGUGGGGUUUUUUUCUCUCCUGUUGCCUUGAAAUCCAAAGACUGAAAAAGGGGUGUCAGGCGCCAGUAGCUCCUGCAGCCGAGCCCAGCCCUGUGCAGCCCUGUUGAGGGCUUCGGAGAAGGAUGCUUCCCUCCAGCAACAAGGAUGUUGGGACUUUGAGCCUGGCCCUUCAUGGCUCACGGUCCUUUGAAGAUGAGAGGUGCUGGGUGUGUGACACUGUGUGCUAGCUGCCAGCAAGGGGUGCAAAGCCCUCUCAGCCUCUUGCUGUUCCGCCACGCGGAGGAGCAGGGCCAGGGUCUGAUUUGCCUCUCUUCCAGGCUCCUGCCCAAGCCUGCAAGUGGGCAGUGGGGAUGGUUCAACAGGAGGGUCACUACCAGCAGAAGUUGCUGGGUACCCAAGUUGCAGGUUGGUCCAGGACGGAGCUGGACCUGGUACACAUCAGAUCCUAGCAUUGAGGAAAUUAGCUGAAAUUACUGGCCAAGCCCUCAGUGACUUCAGUGGUGUCAUGUUUUCCCCAGUGGACUCUGAGGGCUAUAUCUGGGCACAUCCAGCAUAAGAGGCUUGUCCCAUGUUUAAUUUAUGGGGUGAUGAAUGAGUUCUUAGCAUACAAUGCAUUUAAUUCCAUUUUGGCCUGAUUUAUGGUGUGAUGUGAACUGCAUGUGAAGUUUUUAAUUCAGUAGGUGGUGACUCUGAUUCAGUAUAUGGAGUGUGACAGAAGAGGUGAUAAAUUUGAUUCCAAAGGUGAUGCAUCAAUUUCAGUGUGAAGUGCAUCAAAUUUAUCACAUGGCACAUUGGUUUCAGAGCAUGACACCCCAGUAAUGGCCGUGCCAGGUCGGUUAAGCAGGAUACCUUUGUUGCAUCACCAGUGGUCCCCACGUCCACCAGCUCUCCAGAGAAAAUGGCCCUUGCUGUUCGUCUUUUAUUUGACCUUGCAGGACUUGAAGAAACACAGUAAAAUGGCCCAUCAUGUGCUGGUCAAAAUAUUUGUCUUCAAUUUAAUACAUGCCCCAGGUAAGGGCUUCUGAUAUCCCACCUAGUUUUGGGUCUUAGGAAGAAUGCUGCUGCUCCUGGGAAUCUCAGCACUAACCAGAAAAAUUGUCUCAUUUUGGGUUCAUUUCAUGACUCAGUAUCUUUGCUUUUAACUGAAUGUCCAGCUGAUCCACAUUGCUGAAUAAGGAUGUGGAGUUUGAAUCCUGUCUGAGAGAGACUUCAACACUGAGCUCUCUCACAUCUGGAACCUCUGUGGGUUAUUUAAAAACCACAAACAGCCGAAGACACCUCUUCUCUCUCAAUCCAUACUGAGGAUGAUUUUGGGCUAAGACUUCCCAUCUGAAAUAAACCCACAUCUUGAUGAAGGGAUCCUAAUGACAUUCGGGCAGCAGCCAGGCAGGCUGGUGGGACUUGGUGCAGGCAAGCAGGACAGCCCUGGGUGUGCUGGGCACCGAGGGGGCUCCCAGUGCCCGUGGUACCCAACCCUUUCCCCAUCCUCGUGCCCCAUUAACUCCAGCACCGCUGAAUCCAGCCCUGGCAUGGCGAGUCGCUAGUGCAGCUGAGAAAGACGUGAGAGGGCUGAUGAAGGGAUUUGGUGACAAGCUGAGCGGGAAGUAAUUACUUUUCUCCUUCUCUCCUUUCACUGCCACAGCCUCUGCGGCAGCGAGGAUAAAUGCAGUAUGUUAGCAGCAGUGAGUGGCGGAUUCACUGAGCUGCAAUUUAUAACACUGUCCUCCCCAAAGCCUCAUUGGAGGGCAUUAUGAAGUUAGCUUUGUAAGAGGGGAUAAAAUGAUGAGAGGGUCACUCUGGAAAAGCAUUUGGAAACCCUCAGAAAAGGAGCUAUUUUCUUCUCUCCAAGCCAGGUAUGUCUCAUUGAGCUGACUCCAGCAGAGCUCGAGGGAGAGUUAGUGCUUAUACACCAGAUAUUAAAUUUAAUCCAGUGAGAAGGAGCAGAUGUUGAUAUACCAGGCCUGUCUGCCACCACAUCUAAUGCAUAAGGAUGGCUGAAAAAUCUUCCAUCAAAAUGUUUUGAUUUUUCUUGAAGAAAAAAUAGACUUCUACUGGAAAAAAACCCCAAACCCCCAAGGCAGAAAACUUAUGGUUGAGAAAACUUGGUCUUCAGACUGUUGAUAAAGGGUUGCUGCUGUCAGAUGGGAUAAAGAGGAGGAUGUUUUUCAUCAGUCAUGUUAAUCUGAUCUGUCCCUGCAUGCAGGCUUGUGUGGGCAGAUAAAAUAAACCAGAUCCUGAUACGCCAAUGAGCCAAAUUCUAUCACGGUUUACACCAAGGGACUGAGCUGUCCGGAUGGAGAGGCAGGGGAGGGCUUGGCUUAUAAUAUACCCUUGAGUGAAGGGUGUCAAGCACCAGGAAAGGCACUGGGCUAAUGUGCCUCUGGUCUGCCUGGAGGGACCUGUUUGCAGGCUUGGUUUGUGCUCUGGGCUCUCAAAACCUCUGCAGCAAAGAGGUCAUGCUGCUCCUGCUGCUCACUGCCCAGUUCCCACAGGGAGAGGAAGCUUUAACCCCAGUCCUCUGAUCUCCAGAAGGGUUAAAACCCCCAUGCUGGCACACUUUAAAUGGCUUUAAAUGUACAAGGGAGGGGAAAUGCUAACGCCCACCUCUUUUAAUAGCAAAAAUGCUCGUGAAUCUGAACUUCUAUUUCAGCACCACCCUGCAAACAACUUUGUUCAUGAUCAGGGUAAGAGCUGUUGGGUUUGGGAAGUCGCUGUGCCUGCUCCUCCGUCCCCCGGGCACCCCACUGAGGGGAGGUAUGAGCCCAGCUCUACUCCAUCUGGGGGGACUGGGUGGACUCAGGGAUGCUCCCACCACUGCUGCCUGCAGUGAAUCUCAUCGGCUAAGCCUGCGGGGAGCCAGGAUCAGCGGGUGGGCAGCGAGGAGCAUCCCAGCCGAGUGGCUGGAUCCUGCUCCCACAUCACAGCUGUAGGGCAGUUUGCUGAGCCCCCAGCACAGACCCUGCCGCAGCUCUAUGCAGCUGCCCUGCAGAGCUUCCCGGCUGCAGAACGUCUCUCAGCUGUGGAGAGAAGCACAUAAUUUAUUUCUUCGUUUAUUUGUUUUGCAUGGGAGACAAGGCUGCUGGUUUAUAAUGUUGAACAACUAUUUUAGCAGAGUGCAGGAGGUCCUAUAAAUCAAUUGCCCUUUCCAGAGCACUAACCAGUCACCAGGAAAGAGCAGUUUUAUGACACCUUUUUGUGUUCUGUGGGGACUCUGAGGCCAGCAUCUCAGCUGGUGUAACUUGGCCUCACUUUUCAAAUCCAGGUGAUUUACAUUAGCUACCUUAUGCUGCUAUGAGCUACCGCAAGCGUUCUCAUACAAAUGGUUUAAAAAUCUUAUUUGGCCUAAUUUUUCCUGAAGGUGAGUUCAUACAUUGCUUCAUGGUAUUUUAAUGUACAUUUGACAGAGCACUUACUUGCCUUAGGUCAAAAUGUAUGCCUCUAACAAAUGCAUCUGUCACUCCCAAAUAAGUCCAGGCCAAAGCACUAGCAGAAAGGAGGUCCAUUUCCAGUAGUAUGUACUCCAAGGGCUACUGGUCCCAGUUAGCCAGGCUCUUAGAGGCUCAAUUCCCUCCCGCUUGCAUUGCUGAGGCUCUCAGUAGACGUCAUGGUUUUCCUUCAAAUCCUUUGUCUAUCAUCAGCUGAACAUCGCUGAGGCUGCUGGCGCUGCAGUCUGUUGGGAUGGCUCCUAUCUUCUCCUUGGUUCACUCUUCUCCACUAUCUCCAUCCAUUCAUCCAUCCAUCCAUCUAUCUCUCCAUCCGCCACCUUUCAUUUAGAGGGCAAGAUCCUGCGUUGGGGACUGUCUUUCUUUUAUCCCAUCCCUUGAGUGGCAGGUUUUUACUGGCUCGCAAAUACACACAAAGUGCAUUCCCAUCCAUGAUCAAAAGGAUGUGGUUGAGCUAAUGCUUUUCCAAGCUGUUUAAAGGUGAGCCCUUAUUUUUAAUUUAAACUGCAGGUUUUAAUUUCUUCUAAAAAUAGGGUUCGUGCCUUGUGAGCCACACUGGGCACGCACAUGGCUUCUCAACAGGGUGGAAAUCACCAGUGUGGGUUCCUGUAGUCUCCUGCCCUGCAGGACCCAUCACACCUCUGAUGUUACUUCGUGCUGUUGGAUUUCCUGGAGAUGUUUGGGACCCGUGUGAUUUGCACCAUUUUGUCUCACUUAAUUUCCUGACACUGCUCUGCUAUUAUUUUUUUACAUAGAGAAGGGGAAAAGGAGAUCUGAGGCCUCUGGGUGAAGUUCAUCCUCUGCAAACAGCGAAAUGCACACUCAGCUGGACACGGGCCUGUCCUGGCUUUUGGCUUAUUUUCUGUGCAGAUAAGAGCUAAGCUUAGUUUCAUCUGUAAAAUUUCCCAUUCACAUCAGAGGAUGUUUCAGUUAACUGGUAAUCCACGAUGAUGAGUUUUCUAUGAACUAUAAGACCCGGGAGGCUUGAAGAGCAUAUCUGAGGAUGCCUCUCCCUUUGGCAUGGGGCAUUCAGCAAUGGCUGGGGCCCAGGCUGAUAUCAGUACCUCUGCUUUAAAAGGAUUUAAAUCAUGAAAUGUGGGCAGUUCCAUGUUUGUUUUGAAUCAGCUUUCCACGAUUUCCACCACCAGCAUCUGGCUUGGCACAUUUUUAACGUACAGCUUCAGGUUGCGAACAGAAUUGAAAUUUUCAGACAUACAGGGCUAGCUUCGGAAGUGGUAAUUGCAUCAACUUAGGAUCAAUGGAGCAGAAUAAUAUCUGCCCACUAAUAAUGGCUUAAUAAAAUUAAUAGCACUGUCCCUGCCAUGAAUUACUUUAAAAUAGGGAUUGUAGGAUAGCAAUGUAAACAAUAAUUAAUUUUUCUUGGGAGAGUACUGUAAAUUAGAUAUGACUCUGUUCAGUGUGUAGUUGAUACCAGACAAUGCAGAAAUUGUAGCAGAGUACCUUGAAGGCAGGCGGAGAGGGAAAAAGUGGAGGGGGCCCCUGUGGCAUUGGGGAGGUGAUUAGAUAAAUGAAAUAAGCCUGGACCAGAAGACGAAAGCUCAGAGCCACAUGGCACUCAAUAUUGCUGCCAUCCAACCUGACCCAAUUAAUAACAUAUUAGUGCAGGACAGGUCUGUUCAAUGGUUCAGGUCCAUUAAUUGAAAUAGAGUGAUUAAUGGCAUUGAAGGAGAUGAGGAAUACUUAGAAAAAUGACAGGAGCGUGCAACACUGUGCUAUAGCUGGGGCAUCACUCAGGGGCGAGGGAGGUGGGGGGCGGCCACGCUCCUUGCAACACCCAGCCUCCAUGUUUCGGCACCCUGUGGCUGCGCUCCAGCGCUGCUUUUACCCCCGUUGAGAUCCCGCCAACACCCCAGCACUUGUGUCAAUGCCAGAGUUGGAGAGGCAGCAGCUGGAAGGACAAAAUCCGUCCUCAGCCUUUCCCAGAGUCACAGUGUGCCGCGUGCGCUCAGCGGCACUGAUGCCCACGGGGUUUCCACGGUGGUGUCCAAGCUGUGUCUGGCUGCUGGGAUGAAGGUGGCGGGGCUGGGCCGGCCCCUGCUCUUGUGGGUGCCAGCACCUGCUGUUGCUGCGCAAGGGGACAUCGGGGCCCUGGCAGAGCAUGGCUCCCACCGGCUCCCACAGACCUGGCAUCUGCAUUUUGCCUUCCAAAGGCCAGUUUUCCUGUUGAUUCCAAUUAACACCAGCGCUGAUGCCUCAAGGACAGCUCUGGAGGCAGCUCUGCAGAAGAGCAGCAAUUUGGAAAUGUGUCUUGGGACUGUGGUGGUACCUGGGAGCCCAGCCCUAAUUACAGCAAAUGGCCAGAAAGAUCUGUGCAAUGAUUUGAGCCAUUGCCAUUUGCAGAACAAUUUGGCUGCAAGAUCACCUUCAGUUCCACUCCCAUCCCAUCUUUCCCUCACAUCCCUGCCUCUGCUUGAACACAGGGCUCAGUGCAGGGACAGGUGCGUGCGAUGCACAUCCUGGGUGUUUUUCUGGCAAGAACAAGUCUUCCCUUUCAUCUCCCUGUUAAAUAUGCACCCUGCAGCUGGCGUGUGAGUGUGCCGGGGAGGGGGCAGUGGGUUUUGCUUGCAGGGAGCCAAGGUGAGUAAGCAGCUCAUCCCAAGCCAUUGCCCGCUGGCUGCAGGGAAUGAAGCAUCAUUGCUUCAAGUUCUGCUCUGCCCUGGUCCUUUCUGGCAUUUCCAUUGUCCCCACAAAAGCUGGGGGUGAGCUCAGCCCCCCGUGCCUUGGGGCCAGCUACAUGCCUGUGCCUCUCUCCCAGCACGGAGCCUGCCCAUGUCACUCUGGGAAUUCACUCGGUUUGAAGUGCCCGUAUCUGUGAGUUUUUGGAAGAUGGUGUGGUUGGGGGAGGGGGUGUGUGUGCAGUCUGAGCGCCCUCACUCCUGGCAGAGGCUGUGUGAGCCACGGCAGCUGUUUUUGGGCCAUCAAAGGCAAAGAGACAGAACUACAAAAGCAGCAGCAACACCAGGGAGAAGCGGGUUCAGAAGGACAAGUCAAAGCAUGGCUUUUAAUGUGGGGAAUAAUAAAUGAAUAGAAAGACACACAGCGCUGCAAUGAAACAUCCCUUAAAUCCUUUGUUUUCAUUUCAGAUGAUAAAGGAAAGCCAUUAAGGCUCAAUUAGUCAUGAAAGUCAGGGGUCCUUCUGCAUUGCACCGGCUUGAGAAAGCGGCUCCUGUUCAAAAGCGCAUCUUCCCCAUCCAGUGUGGGAUCAUUAAAUAUCAAACACUUUAUUUGUCCUAUUUGCAUUGCGUAUUGCGCCCUUGCACGGGAUGAAAACCCUGCAGUGAUAAUUGAUGUACGUGGUUCUAAAGGCGCUCGGCACUCUGCCUCGCGGAGCUUAAAACAUGCAGAGAAGCGAAGGAGAAGCUCUGAACAGCAGAGGCUGCUGGUGCUGCUUCAGCAGCGCAGCAGAAUGAGGUGACCCUGGCACAGGGAGAUAAGGGUCUUGGGUGCGUUGCCUUUCCCUUGGGGAUGGAGAGGAGAGGACAGGGUGGGUGACAGCUGCUGCCGGACCCCUGGUCAGAUGCAGCCAUGCCGCUGGUCCCAGGAUGUCACUGGGAUGAACUGGUGUCUCUUCCCUGCUAUGCUGGGGGCAAACUUUGCUGCAGCAGGCCAUGCGCAUGUACAGGAGGCCUUUAAAUAUUCCUAAGGCAGGAACUGAUGUUGAGAUGAUGGGCGAGAGAGACUCUGAACUGAGAAGGUUCCUGCAGCCAUUUGCAUGCUGGCCCUGCCACAAGCCCUGACUGAGUGACUGGCGGGACCCUUGGUGGUGCCAGCACGGGGCUGUGGUUUGAGCUGAGCAGGCAGGGGACACCCCAGAGGAAUUAAAUAGUCCAUAAAAAAAUCCCCCACAGCAGAACAAUCCCCCCAGCCCCUCUCUCUCCCCAGACACGGCUGCACUGAACGCAGCCUACAAUUUGGUUUUGUCGCCAUGGGAGAUGUAAAGCGCAGAAGCUGUGCAUUACUCACUGCUUUUAUUCCUCUUCCCUUUCUCUUCAUCUCUUCGCUAAGACUGCAAAUAAGAGAGCAGAUGAGCGGCGCCUGUGCCACCAUCUCUGUGCUCAGAGCAGGGAGGGCAGAGGCCACUGGGACCGGCGGAGCUGCCUUCAGCCCCGGCACGGUCCCACAUCGAGGAGCCGCGGCUGGUGCAGGCGCUGAGGAGGGACGAGCACCCGUGUCUGUGCCGUGUUGUGGCACACGAGAGCUCGUGUGAUGGGGCCGAGGGAGCAUCUCCGAGCAGCCCCCCUGAGACAGGCCAGGCGGUGGGAUGGACUCUGGCACGGGGAUUCGGCAGGGACAGGUCAGGCGUGGGAUGGGGUCGGGUACUGGCCCAUCGGCCCACGGGGAGGGAAGAAGCUCGUGCUGCCACAGGCACCUCGGCAGCUGCGAGCGGAGAAGCCUGGCUGAGCCCGCCCAGACUGAAGCAGACGGGACCUGCUGUGGCUCUGGGACUCAGGAAUUUCAUUCCUUCCUCUCCAAGCAAUUUUUCCCUGCCUGCAAGCAGGGACUGCAGCAGGCUAAACAAAUAAGGGGCUGUAAUAUAAUUUUAGAUAUACACUCUUGAAUUCGCAUUUAGAGUGCAAGCUGUAGUAUUUUGGUUUAUUAUUUAAUUACAGAGUUUGUAAAUGUAAAUGGAUUUAGACCCUUAAUUUUAGGGGGCUUGAAUUACCUUCCACUCCUUGUUUAAUAUUCAGGUGGAAAAGCUGCUGUCUAUGGCUGCAGCACGCCUGGGGUGUGCAGCACAGCUGGGUGAGCGAGGCACUUUCACCGUUCUCUCCUCUUGUUUGUAGAAGUUGGGUGAACUCGUGUUCUACUGUAAAGUGCUUAAAAUUAAUUAAGUGGCAGAGCAUAAGGAGCUGGUUUCAGUCCUUCUUCCCCCGGCAGCACUUUGCAAACCACGACAACCUCCGCAGUAAAAACCAGGAGAAAACUGAGCCCCCGAUUGCCAGCUUUUCUCCUGCACCUGAAAAUGUAAAUCCUGUCUUUCUGGGAAUAUUACCCUAUUAGAAAUUGUUUGCCUAAUAUUAUCCAUGUCAGACAAACCCCCGACGGUACAAGGCCUCCCUAGCUUGAAAUUUGAGCUACAUUCCUGCACAGUACUGGGAGUAUGUGUCUGGUUUUAAUCACAUUUUUCUAAAGGCCUAAGCACGUCCAUGGGGCUGGUGCUGGAGUAUCCCCAUGAACUGCCCCUGUUCAAGGUGACUGAGGCCCUGAAACACUGAAACCUGAGCAGAAACCACUUUUGAGGACUCAUGUCUGAGCCCGGUGCCCAGCUGGGGGUUCAGUCUUCAUGUUUUUCUGCUUGGGUGAAUCACAGAACGGUCGGGGUUGGAAGCAGCCCCUGGAGAUCAUCUAGUCCAACCCCUGCUAAAGCAGGUUCUCUUAGAGCAGGUUGCACAGUUGUGUCCAGGCAGGUUUUGAAUGUCUCCAGAGAAGGAGUCUCUACAACUUUUCCAGGCAGCUGUUCCAGUGCUCUGUCACCCUUGAAGCAAAGUUCUUCCUCAUAUUCAGAUGGAACUUCUUGUGUUUCGGUUUGUACCUGUUGCCCCUUGUCCUGUGGCUGGGUACCACUGAAAAGAGCCUGGACCCAUCUUCUUGACUCCUGCCCUUAAGAUGCUAUGUUCCCCAAACAGCUGCUUUUCUUCUAGUGAAGAUUUUUUCAGGGGAGCUGUCCCCCUGUUUCAUUGUGAUGCACCCCCUCCCCCCCCUCCCUGCCCAGCCGAAGCUCCUGGUGCAUGCCAAGGGAUGAUGCCAGUGCUUGUGCCAGGACCAUGCUGAGGUGCUGCGUGCCUGGCCAGGCAGGGAUGCUCCUGGGGCAGGUCCUGCAGGGUAAAUCCCAGGGGCUGCCUCAGCAAGCCUGGGGCUCCUAGGUCACGUCCCUCCUGCUCAUGCCACCAACCAAUGGGGCUAUUAAUUAGGGGAAUCAAUUUGUUGCCCAGGCAAGGCGCCAGCAGCAGCGCUGCCACUCAAGAGUGAAGUGUUUAUUUAGGGAAAACCCAUCGCUGGGCAUUUGCAUCAUCCCCCUGCCCGCUGAGCUGCUCAAGUCAGCUAUCACCAGGCAGGGGGUGAGGUGCUGAGUGCUCGCCCCAGGAGGCAUGGGGCAGCGGGGGUGGGGGGCGUCUGGGAUGUAGUGCUGAGGGUCGGUCCUAGCUGCACCCCUGGUGACAUUCCCUGCCCCAGCUCCCCAACAGGGCCAAGGCUGGUUUGGGGAUGUCUCACUUGUCCCCCAUGAGAAGGAGACCAGCCAUUUUCGCUGCUCAGAUGAAGCCCCAAAUAGAGUUAACCACCCCUCCACCCCCGCCGAAGGCAAGCCCGAGGCUGUAGGCUGUCCCAGCUGGUGUGACAGUCCUGAAAAUAAGCUGCAGUUUUUCUCACUACGACCAGAGAAAAAAAAAUUCUUUUGUUUCCUUUAUCUGUUUUGAACUGUGCUUAACUCGGGCUGCUCAUCCCCUGCAAUUCCCAUCUCCUCAUGCUUCCUCCAGCAUCAGUGAUGUCUGCAGGCUGCUGGCUAAAGGUGGGAGUGCCUCAGAGAUGCCACACAUGUGUGCAUUUAAAACCCUUAUUUACUGUGCAGGCAGACCCUGGCCAGAAUCAGGGAGGAGGUCUGCAAUCUCUUCAGUACCUUAUCAGGCAUGUACAUGCUUCCACCCAGCUUUUGAGCAGCAAGGUAUGGAUAACAUAACCUCUAUGUCAGCUCUUGUAGGGGCGACUGCUGCUUGUUCAGUGUUGGGUAAAUCAUUUCUUUGUGAGAAGAGUCUGUGGAGGGUCAUGCCAAGAUUGGUGACAUAUUCUUUGGAGCUACACUAAAGAAUAACUUUUCUCCCUCCUGACCUGAAUAUCAUGUUUUAACAACUGGCUGGUUUUGUUUGGUUCGUUGUUUUUUUGGUGUGGUUUUUUUUUUCCUUUUUAAUGUUGUAUGAUUUUAAACCGCUGCAUUCAAGCAGAUGUACAUUUGGCGUCUGGGUAGACGAUGCAACAUAAAGUAAGGACUGUCUAAUUCCUAUCCAUCUGGAUUCACUGUAUAAAUAAUCAGAGCGAAACACCUUUAGAAAGGAGGCUGAGGGUGCUGCGCCCAUCAGCAAUGACAUGCAAUAAACAGCAAAAGAAGAUGUCAGAGUUUACAUGACAUGUCCAUCUUAAUCCCUUGCUGCAAUUCAAGAAGACUAAAAAUAACCCCCCUUCGAGUUUUGGCUGUUUACACAGCUGUAGCAUAAAUAUUUAGAUUUGCAAGAGAAAUGCUUGCUCAGCCAAAAUCGUUUCGAGAUCUCUGGAGUCAGCAGCAGGGGGUUUAGAGGCCCAACAUUUCCUUGGAAAAAUGAAAAUCGAAAAUAAUUAAAGCAGGGAGCAACGUUUCUGCAGCAAAGCUCGGCACUUAUGUAAAACAAACUUGGCUCAUGUUCUUCAGGGGGUGCACAAAAAACUCCCUGCGACGGCUGGUAAACAACGUUACAAACUGCGGAACAAGCGCCGCUUGCUGUGGCCUUAUUUACGUGGCGGGUUUGGACGCGGUGCAAGCGAAGGGGGUGUGUGCAGCCAUCACUCCGGGGCUGGGGGUCCCGGGGGAGCCGCAGGCACCUCCAUGGAGUGGGCUGCCGUCAGGUUCCCCGUGGGGGAUGUGUCUGGCAUUGCCCUGGCCAGGAACCACUGUAUUUCAUUGUCAGGCUUUUUCAUUGCACUUUGCUACCAUAAAAUUGGCUAUGGACCCCAAGUUGUCCUUUGACCACCUCUUGCCAGGGGAACAGAAGGCUUUUCCUGCUCUUGAGUAUUUACGCAGGCAGGUAAAGCAUCCCUCACUCCAGGGAGGGGAUGGAGAAUGAAGCUGGCUCUUUCCUGCUGAAUGACUGCAGCCUCCUUUCUAGAUAAAAAUCUUUAAGUGGAUUUUCCGUCUGGUAAACCGUUGCUUUAGGAAAACCAUAAGGUAUAGCAGUUAUUAAAAAGGGGACUUUUACUAAUGCACCUACUGUGUCUUCAUUAUGUCAGGGUACCUCUAUGAAAAGAUUUGCAGAAGAAUCCAUCCAUUCAUUUCCACACGUAAUUCCUCAAUAGCCCAUUUGCUUCAAAGAUUUUUAUCGACUUUUACUACUACAUGAAUCCUUAGAUACUUAUUUUUUAGGCCCCAGGGGACCCAUUGUAAAAGAAAUUCGUUUUCUGAAGUUUUAUGACAAAGGUUUUGCUCUGGAUAAAAGCUUCCCGUUAUUUCCAAACUUCUGUUCUCCACUUCUGUUCUCCACAAAGAUGACUUUGGCGGGUCCACUCCUAUGGCUGCCACAGAGCAUGAGGCAUGGGUAACAUUUUAGGUCCCAGAAACAAAUAAACAUAUAUUUCUGUUGGAAAAGGCUCUUUCCUUACCACCAUCACUUUUGGUAUUGCGGACAUCUCUCUGCAGAU